AUGCAGCUGAAGAAUUUGGAUUAUUUGCUGAUUUUUGGUGUAUUCAGCGCAUUAUUUAGCUGUAGCCUGGCAUUUCAUACGAAAAUUGUUAAUGGCAGUGUGGCUUUGCCUGGAGAAUAUCCAUAUAUGGUAUCUCUGAGACGUGCCUCUUCGGGACGCCAUGCAUGUGGUGCCUCUUUGUUAAAUCGUGUUUGGGUAUUAACGGCUGCCCAUUGUGUGGUGAAGCAGGAACCUCACCAAGUUAACAUACAAUAUGGCAGCAAUGAAUUAAAUCGUAACUCCACGAACAUUGCCAAUGUUACGAAGAUUUUCGUUCACGAAGGUUAUGAUCCUUCGAAUCAAUAUAUUCAUGACAUAGCCUUGAUGCGUUUGGAUAAACCGAUUAAUGUGGAAAAUGAUUUUCUGGGCAUUCGUUUGCCUGAUUUUAAUUCGCAAACUGAUGCUGAAACUCCAGCCACGCUGGUUGGUUGGGGUCUCAAUGCGACUGGUGGUGUGGUUCAGCAACAUCUCCAGAAAGUAGAUUUGGAAAUUUUCAGUGAUGCCGAAUGUAGCCGUCGACAUGGCAUCGAUAUCCAUCCGACAAAUAUUUGUGCUGGUGUACCGGAGGGUGGCAAAGGCCAGUGCAGUGGUGAUUCUGGUGGUCCUUUGAUUGUUAAAAAUACCCAAGUUGGUAUUGUGUCGUGGUCACGUAAACCCUGCACAGCCUAUCCAUAUCCGGGUGUUUUCACUGAGGUAUCUGCAUAUGUUGCUUGGAUUUUGGAAACCAUAUUGGAUGCUGAAGAUGAGGAAGAUUUCGGUGACAGUCAAGAGGGUUUGAGCGGUAUUGAUGGUAUAUUAAGUGGAAAUUUAAUUGUUAUUGGCUCGAAGCGUUUGGUUUCAUUGCGGCGCGCCAAAGACAAACAACAUUUUUGUGCGGGAACAAUAUUGAAUUCACAAUGGAUUUUGACAGCAGCUCAUUGUUUUACAUUUAUCUGGUCUCCCAAGGAUAUUGUAAUACAAUAUGGAAGUAAUGAACUGAAACCGCUUAUUCCACUAUAUAAAGAUGUAGAAGAGAUUAUCAAACAUGAAGGCUAUAAUCCGACUGUGGCAAUACAUGAUAUUGCCCUUUUGAAAUUGGCAAAUCCUUUACCACUUUUCCCUAGCAUAGGACAUGUCCAACUAAUGGAAGAUUCCAUGACAUCAUAUGAAAAUAAAGAAGUAACACUGAUUGGAUGGGGUCUUAAUGAGACCAUGGGCACCCUUACCUCCAGACUACAUAAGGUCUCAUUGAAAACCAUAACCUUGACCGAAUGUCGUUUAUCAUUAUUAUCUGUUAUACAUAGAACAAACCUAUGUGCCGGAGGUUCUGGUAAGGGACAAUGUUCUGGAGACUCUGGUGGUCCCUUAUUACUAAACAACAAACAAAUUGGUUUGGUGUCAUGGAGUAUCAAACCUUGUGGACAAAAGCCGGGAGUUUUUACAAAUAUAUCGUAUUACAUAGACUGGAUCAAAGAACAUAUUAAAUAA